AGCGGAGCCGCCGCCGGUGCCGCUCCCGGGGCAGCCGCCGGGGCUGGAGGCACGAUGCGCCCCGGCAAGUGACGGCGGGGACUCGCUCCGGUGCCCAGAGAUCAGAGAUGACCAAGACUUAUGCCAAGCCCAAAGAGAUGGCGGAGCUCGUGAGCACCCAACCCUGGAUGGACGAAGCGUUGGGCUCCAAAGACGAGCUGAAGGCGGAGGACAACAGGCAAGGUCCUUUUGCUUUGAUGUCUGGCUUGAAUGAAGAGCACGACAGUAUUGAGGAGGAAGAGGAGGAAGAGGAUGAUGGGGAAAAGCCGAAGAGGAGAGGACCAAAGAAGAAGAAGAUGACCAAGGCGAGGCUGGAGCGGUUCAGGGCCCGGCGGGUGAAGGCCAAUGCCCGGGAGCGCACACGGAUGCACGGCCUCAACGAUGCUCUUGACAACCUGAGGAGGGUGAUGCCCUGUUACUCCAAGACCCAGAAGCUGUCCAAGAUCGAGACCCUGAGGCUGGCAAGGAACUACAUCUGGGCUCUGUCUGAGGUGCUCGAGACGGGGCAGACUCCCGAAGGGAAGAGCUUCGUGGAGAUGCUCUGCAAGGGCUUGUCCCAGCCCACCAGUAACCUGGUGGCCGGGUGCCUGCAGCUGGGACCACAGACCUUGUUCCUGGAGAAGCAUGAGGAGAAGUCCCCGGUGUGUGAAUCAGCCAUAUCCAGCCACUCCUUCAGCUACCAGUCCCCGGGGCUCCCAAGCCCACCCUAUGGGACCAUGGAAACCCAUCUGCUGCAUUUAAAGCCCCCCACCUUCAAGAGCUUGGUGGAUGCUUCCUUUGGAAACCAUCCCUCUGACUGCACCACUCCCCCCUACGAGGGUCCCCUGACGCCACCCCUGAGCAUCAGUGGGAACUUCUCCUUGAAGCAAGAUGGGUCUCCAGACCUGGAUAAAUCCUACACCUUCAUGGCCCACUACCCCUCAGUCAGCUUGACUGGAGCACAUGGACAUGCCUCCCACUUCCAAAACACGGUGUCCCGCUACGAGAUCCCCGUAGACAUGAGCUAUGAGUCCUACCCGCACCACGUAGCUGGUCCUCAGCUCAAUGCCAUCUUCAACGAGUAGCAAAGCAGAGGUAGACCCAAACCUUUGAUGCAGAGAGAAGUUCAGCAUCAUCGUGGAGCUGUUUCUAGAAUGGACACAACCGGGAUGUCACCGCUAUGGGGUGAGAGACUUCUGAGCAUCUCUGCAGGACGUGGCUGUGGAAGGUUCAGUGGUCCUCCUGUCCUAUCCCAAUAGGUCUGCCCUGGUGCCACUGUGAUGAUCUUCUCCUCCAGAGAUGCUCCGGAAGGUGGCUUCACCCUGCAGGACUUGAUGCACUCCAGCACUUGGGAUCAUUCAUUGCCAAGACGUUACAGCUCCUUUUCCUCCCUCUUUGGGAUGGUGGCGUGCGGGGACACCUCUGUCUCAUAUAGGUGGAGACAAGCCCCCCUGCUCCUUGGGACGACCGGUUCCCAUCCCAUAUGCUCUGAUGGGAUCAUGGUUUUCCCAGUCCAGGGAAUGAUCUGGACCACUUGCAGAAGACCAACACAGUUGCUCCUCCUUGAAGCUUCCCACCCAAUGGAGAACCUUAUGUUAGUUGCCACUGUACCAUCCAUGGUCAACACGGUCCAGCAGGCUCAGAGCUUCUCCAUGAUGGUCCCUCCAUCACUGCCUCCUGGUGCUGAGCCCCAAACCUUGCUUGUGACCUACAACCAGCAUGAGCUGCUCAGCACAUGGAUCUUGAAACCUCUUUAUGGGACUCUUGAUCAUUCAGAGCACAAAGAUCCUGGCUGGAAGAGGAGCUCUCAUGGAACCCUUGCUCCUGAUGAGGACCACGUCUGCUUAUGGUUCGUAGCGUUCUCCAUCCUGAUCCGUGUCCCAAACACAUCCUGCCAAAAGAAACGUGUCUCAAUUUCCUGGUUCAUUGAUGAUUUAUCUGUGGGGGGGGUUCCAUUUAGUUCCUUCCAUCCUCCAUGGAACAUGGAACGCGCUAAACAGCCCCCUCCUUUCCCAGUUGGCUCCCAGGUGCUUAGUUGGCCUUAGCGUUGUGGAGAUGUGUCCCUUUUGCAGUGCUCUUGCUCCAGGGUUAUUUAUUAGCCAUUAUUUAUUUAAUUUAUUCUCUUCCUGCCCAUUUUCUGGGGGUGAAACCGAGAAUUUCACCAACUUUAACGUCAAAUUCCAUCUUUAGGAUGGUCGUUUGUUGGAUGUGGGAGGCCAGCAGCUCCCAACUCAUCCCUUGUAUUCCUAGAUGAGCAAUAACUUCCAAAGCCUAUGCAACUAUUUUUGUCUCCAAGAAAUCCCAGGCACCUAUUUUUGAUGUCCCCAUUGGCCCGGUGGCCAAAGCUCCCUGGUUUUGUAUAGAGUUGGGAAUUCUGAGAUGAUCCAAGCUCUGGAAUUCCCUGCCCGGCCCCUGGGUCCCCUCCGGGACCUUCUUCCCUUUUGUACUGAGAGCAAAUGUUUAUCCUUUUGUAAAGAAAGCAGAUUUGGGGGUUUUAGGUCAAAUAAAGUCGUGGUCUUGUUUCAA